GAAAGGGCCGGCCGCAGCCUGGGGCGAGCCGGCGCGCUGCAGGGCCGAGCUCCGCGGACCCGCCGAGCGCCGGGGGAUCAACGGUGCGGCCGGAGCCGAGCGCCGGGGAACACGCCGUGAAGCCGGAGCCCAGCGGCAGAGGCCGGCUGCUGCUGCCGCCGCCGCUGCGGCCGCGCCCCGAGCGAUAGCGGUUGUGGCCGGGGCGGCGGCGCUGAGCGGCCGGGCCGCUGCCGGUGCCGCCCCGCGCGGCGCAGCCAAUGGUGGUCGGCGGGGCGGGCUGCGCCGCGCGGGGCUGCGUUGUGCAACGCGCCGCGCUUUGAAGGCACCAUCACCCCUGGGAGGCAGCGCUCACUCGGCAUCUGUCACGGCACGGCGGCCGGCGGCGGGCCGGGCCCAGCGCCCCGAUGAGGACCCGGCGGGACCGGCCUUUCCAGCGGGCAUGAGCCACCCGCGCUAGGAGCGGCGCGUAGCGGUGCCCCGGCGGGCAGGAUGGCCCACAUGCUGCAUGCGGCGGCCCGGCGGGUGCAGUGGAGCAGGGCGGGCGCCGCGAAGAGGGCUGCGUGCCUGCUGGCCGCGGCGUACGGGCUCAAAAUCCUCUACCCCAUCAUCCGCGGGCGUGUGAAGCGGGCGAGCGGCCGAGGCGGCGCGCAGGAUGAGAGGGGCCGGGCGGUCCCGCACCGCCCCGGCAGCCGCGGCAGAGCGUCCCCGGCCGUGGACGCGGAAUUCUUCAAGCAGCUGCUGGAACUCCGCAAACUGUUCUUCCCCAAGCUCGUGAGUGCCGAGCUGGGCUUGCUCUGCCUCCACUCCUUUGCUCUGGUAUCCAGGACCUUCCUCUCCAUCUAUGUGGCCGCCCUCGAUGGAAAGAUUGUGAAGAGCAUUGUGGAGAAAAAGCCCAGGAGCUUUGUCUUCAAGUUAGUCAAGUGGCUGAUGAUUGCAAUCCCCGCCACUUUCGUGAACAGCACCAUCCGGUACCUGGAGUGCAAGCUGGCCCUCGCCUUCCGCACGCGUCUGGUGGAUCACGCCUAUGAGACCUACUUUGCCAACCAAACUUACUACAAAGUGAUCAGCAUGGACGGGCGGCUGGCCAACCCUGACCAGUCCCUCACCGAGGACAUCAUGAUGUUCUCGCAGUCAGUGGCGCAUCUCUACUCCAACCUCACCAAGCCCAUCCUGGAUGUUGUGCUCACCUCCUACACCCUCAUCCGCACGGCGCGGUCCCGGGGGGCCAACCCCAUCGGGCCCACAGUCCUGGCUGGUCUUGUCGUCUAUGCCACGGCCCGCGUUCUCAAAGCCUGCUCGCCCAAGUUUGGCAAACUGGUGGCUGAGGAGGCUCACAAGAAGGGCUAUCUGCGCUUCAUACAUUCACGCAUCAUUGCCAACGUGGAAGAGAUUGCCUUUUACCGAGGGCACAAGGUAGAAUUGAAACAACUACAAAAAAGCUACAAGGAUUUGACAGAUCAAAUGAAUCUCAUUUUGUCCAAACGUUUGUGGUACAUCAUGAUAGAGCAGUUCCUGAUGAAGUAUGUUUGGAGUAGCUGUGGUAUGAUCAUGGUCGCUGUGCCCAUCAUCACUGCAACGGGAUUUGCAGAUGGCGAGUUGGAAGAUGGCCAGAAACAGGCAAUGGUUAGUGAAAGAACAGAAGCUUUUACUACAUCACGAAACUUGCUGAUCUCUGGAGCAGAUGCUAUUGAAAGGAUUAUGUCUUCAUACAAAGAGGUCACUGAGCUAGCAGGCUACACUGCCCGUGUCUACAACAUGUUUUCAGUCUUUGACGAGGUGAAGAGAGGCAUCUACAAAAGAACUGCUGUUAUUCAAGAGUCUGUAAACAACAGCAGGAGUGAAGAUAAAGCAGAAUUACACAUUGAUGGGCCCUUAGAAAUCAAAGGGAAAGUAAUUGAUGUUGAUCAAGGAAUUAUUUGUGAAAAUGUUCCUAUAAUUACUCCGAAUGGCGAUGUGGUGGUUUCCAGACUAAACUUCAAAGUUGAGGAGGGGAUGAAUCUUUUAAUCACUGGACCCAAUGGCUGUGGAAAAAGUUCACUCUUCAGAAUUUUAAGUGGUCUGUGGCCUGUGUAUGAAGGAGUUCUCUACAAGCCUCCUCCACAACACAUGUUUUAUAUACCACAAAGGCCCUACAUGUCCAUUGGAACACUACGAGAUCAAGUCAUCUAUCCAGAUUCAGUGGAAGACAUGCAUGAGAAAGGCUACCAAGAUCAAGAUCUGGAGUCUAUUCUGCAUGUGGUUCAUCUGUACCACAUAGUUCAAAGAGAAGGAGGCUGGGAUGCCAUCAUGGAUUGGAAAGAUGUCUUAUCAGGAGGAGAAAAACAAAGGAUGGGCAUGGCCCGGAUGUUUUACCACAAGCCGAAAUAUGCAUUGCUGGAUGAAUGUACGAGUGCUGUAAGCAUUGAUGUUGAAGGAAAGAUAUUCCAAGCUGCAAAAGCUGCUGGGAUAUCCCUGCUUUCCAUAACACACAGACCUUCUCUUUGGAAGUACCACACUCACUUGCUGCAGUUUGAUGGACAAGGAGGCUGGCGAUUCGAGCAGCUGGACACCGCUAUCCGUUUAUCACUGAGUGAGGAAAAACAGAGACUGGAAUCCCAGCUUGCAGGAAUUCCUAAAAUGCAGCAGAGACUGAAUGAACUGUGUAAAAUCCUGGGAGAAGAUUCAGUGCUUAAAACAAUGGACAAAGAGGAAUAAAUAAUUUAUCGUUUAUGUUUUUAAAAGUAUUUUUUUAGUUAAAAGCAUUACAAAUUCAGCCAUUAUCCUUUGCAUGCAUUGUGACAGAGGCUUAGAGCAUAGCAAAACACAGCCAGCAGAAAAUAAUGCUCUGAAUGCUAUGUAAGACUUUAGUGUUUUAGUAUUAAGGAAGAAAGUGGAUGAACUGUGAAAAGAAAAUAAGCAAGUGCACAGAAUAUAAGAUUAGUCAUUACAGCUUAUGUUAAUUCCUAGUGAAAGCCCAAUUCACUGCAAGAAAUUAGCAACAAGCUUAGGUUUUAUAGGUGAAUUUCUGCAUGAGCCCUGGCCUGCAGAGCGUGCCCUUGUCGCGGGUCACCGUGUGCGUAUGACAUGCCUGCUACGCAGAGCAUCCGGGCAUGACACUCAGGCAUGGAGCACCGCGGGGGCAGCAGCGGGGCAGAGUGCACAUGCAUGCACAAAUCCCAUCUGGGUGUAAGAACCAUUCUCUCAGCCCAUGAGAAACAAGACUUCUGUUCUCCUGCUGAAUAGUGUACAUGCCUUUACCUGCAUUUCCAUAGGGAAUCAUGUAAUAGACUGACCAGAAGACAACUGUCUGAGCAACCCACUGCCCUCGUGACAGAGAAGCAGGGACAGAGGUAAACAUGUAAUAUACUUGUGCUUUAUGCCAUUACACAUAGCUUCAGAGGCCCUUUGCCCUUCAUGAUACAUCAGUUCCUUCAGGGGAUUAUUUGUGUCCCUUACUCUGUGACCUCUGGUGGUGUGGAUGGAGCACUGGGCCUGGCAUCAAGUGACUCAGUUUUCAUUUGACUAAAUCAUUCAUCUGCUCUAUGGGUGCGAUCCAGCUGGCAUCCAUAUCUGACCUAGUUCCUCCAUUGGCAUAAUCACAAUAUAGACACUUGUUUGUUCCAUGAGAGAUUUUGUGAUGGGAAGGACUGUAGGAGAAGGAAAUAGCAGUUUCUAACAAUAUGCUGAAUUCUCAGGCAUGGCUGUCCUGACAAAUGAAAUGCUCAGCACUUACAAAGGUCUGUGAAAAGUGAGAGCAUUUGGUAACCACUAAUGAAUAUACCUGCCAUAUUUUGGUGGAGUGGCUGAACAUUGCCCUCCCUGUUAAGCAAAUGCACUGCUUACCAGCCUUGCUUUCAGAUGCACUCACUGAUUGCCCCACCAGCUUUUCAGUUCAGGUCCCCAGUCAGUCAGGAGGUGCUUUAACAGAACUGCCUGAGACAAUGCUGGCCUGAGGUGCCUUGCUGAAUGCAAAAGCUGGAGAAUGAGAAAUAAAAAUGUGAAUGUAUUUAAGAGCUCCUGUUCUCUCUGACUGCAAGUGCAUGGCAAAUGGGCCGCUCGGGAGUGAAGCUCAGGAGGGGUAAGAGGCUUUGCAGAUGGGUAAAUGAGCCUUAGCUGAGAUGUAGCAAUCCUGAAGUUUGUUGGUUCUUUUUUUUUCCCCAGAAGUGUGGGAAGAUUUCUGUCCGCUGUUCUUAUUCUUAGAGAGGCAGUGCAUAAACUGCUAAGAGCUGUUUAGAGAGGAGAAAUAUUGUAGGGGCAUUUGCUGAGCUGGAAAUGUUUGAGCACUCUGAAUAUAAACUGUUUCUUUUUUCUGAUUGCUUCAAGAACAAGAGGAAGGUGAUUUAACUCCAUCUGCUAAAUCCCAGUCCAGUGCACUAACCAUUAUUCCCUCUCAGUGUGCUCAGCUUGCUAUUUGGUGUGGCAUUUGCAUCAGAAAAUGGAGCAAGUCUGCUCCCUUCUGAGUCUGUAGCUUGCAUGUAACCCUGUAACUUACCCUGGUGACAUCAGUUGGUUCCUUUCAUUAGUUUUUUCUGUAGAGCCCCUUGAGACAUCUCACUGCUACAGAAAGGAAUGCUGCUAGGAACUUAGAAAGGGCUGAAAAAUUAAGGUUCAAGAUAAUAAGGUGUUGUGUCAUAAAGCACAGAUGGAGGUCACUGCUGGGGUGGCUGACAUGCAUUUUAAUUUGCAAGUGUCUGUGCUUGUCCCUCUCCCUGAAGGUGAGCCUUCCCCUUUCUCAUCUUCAAAGCAAAAUUCGUAACUGCUAAGGAAAAAAGAAGUCAGCCAAGAAUCUGUUCUCAGUGAGCAUAACUGAGAUGACUGAUGAGUGUAAAAGCUUGCAGGUUCCUGAUUGAUGUUUCUCUGAGAUGAGAUGAAUCAGGGCACCCCAAGUGCAUGCCCUUGCUGCAGUGCAUCCUACUAGCACAGGGCAGCUGCAAAACCACCUUUCCACAAGCCUUUCCCAAGCCAGGACCUGAGGUGGAGGAAGGGGCAUUGCUGUUCCCCACCCUUCUAUUAAGCACUUUAACAUGUGGCUGGGAACUAAACCAGGGUUAUCCACUCCCUGAAUGAGUGGAAUAUUGAAAAGUGCUGAAGAAUUGGCCCAGUUUGGCACAGCUCCAGAUAUCCCACCAGAGCUCUGCACCUGUCCUUUGACUUGCUGGGAGCCAUUAUGGGCAAGUGCAGCACCUGAAAUCUGCUGUAUGCCUUACAGAGAUCAAAAGCUGUCCCUCAUGGCACAGAUCACUUCUGAGGAAACCAUGUUUAGUAGAAUAAAGUUUGUUUGCUGUUCUUUUAAUGAGAUUAUGCAUAAAACAUAAUAAAUUACAUAACAUAAUAAAACAUAAUAAAAUUUAUAUAUGUUACUGAUGAAAUUUGGAUGAACACUGAAAUCACACCAGGAUCAAUUUAACAGAAUUUCCUUUGAAGUUCGACAUGUAUUUCUUGGAUCCAGUAAUAGACAACCAUUGCCAUUUAGCUGUAUAAUGUAGAAUACUCCAGCAUCUCACUCAGCUAUUUGUGCUUCUAUAGGCAUGGCAAGAACAUUAGAGGCUGCUAUGAGAAGAAGCACUUUAAACAGGAACCCUCCGAGUGAUACCGAGCUGGUUUUAGAAGGAAUUUCUGUCCUAGUGGCUCGUUGUUUUUCAAGUUAGUUUUAUGGCAGGAAGAGAAGGUGCCCUGGAGGUAUUUUCUGCAAACUUUCUGUGUUGUUCCAAGGGCUAGUUGAGACUGGAGUCUCCGUUUCUGUUUCUGGAGCGUUUUCCAGGGCAUAGUCCAGCUCACUUUGUGCUGCUUUGGGCCCAGCCUAGCAGAGGUGCAUGCUCCCUGCUCAGGAAUAGCUCAGGGAGACACUGUUCUGGAGCCAGGGCAUGAGGAGCACAUGGCCCUGGCAGUGCAGGAGGGUCAAAGUGGGACAGGUUACCUUGGUAGAAGCUUUUUUUGUGCUGCAGUGAGAGCUGCUUUGAGUGUUCAUUCCCUUUUUGGUGUUCAGGAGCUGUGGCUCCCCAGGAGGUUGAGGAAGCGACUUUUUGGUCUCCUUUCUGCCUGUCAUACCUAUCUGAAGCUAGCCAGACCCCAUCAUGGUGUCUGUGCAUUCAAGGCUGUGUACUGCCCAGUGCUGAGCACACCCAGCCCUGUGAGCACCCUCUCACCCCCUGGGCUCAGGGCAAACGGGAUUGCCUGGGUCUGUUUGCACCUAGAGAAAUACAGGUGAUGAGCAAAAUUCAUACCUGCCUCAGGCAGGUAGUAUCUGUACACCAAAACAUGAGUUCUCCACAUCAGUGUGUUCACAUAAUGCAAAGUGGUUUUGCAGGAAUCUUCAGAAUGAAAAGACACAUUUUUGUGCAUGGGAUUUCACUAUUUUAACCUGCGAGGAGUUUGUUUUUCACUUAGUUUUGGGGUCAGACUCAUUCCUAGUUUGGACUUGGAAGUCCUCCUUCUGCAGGGACAGAAAACCCCAUGUAUGUUUCAAAGGAAUUAUUCAAAAGCGGUUGGAUUUGUAUCUGAGGGAAUGAAGGACUGGGUAUUAAAUGGGAUAUUUUAGAGAAAAUUAUAUCUUAAAGCAAAUGAACACAUCUGCAGUCCACUCAAACUUAUGAAUGGGUGAUAAUGCAUGUCAACGUCAAAUUUCUGAGCCAAUCACAUAAAGAAAUCCCCUUACUGAGCUAUUCAUGAAGCUUAGGAGAACUGAACUGUUAAUCAAAUGUGUCUUUGUUUUGUUUAUGUUUGAUAUUAAUGCCUUUUAAGAGCAGACAAUUUAUAAAGCAAUAAAAUAUGCUUUACAGUUGUAAUUUAUUCCAUCCUCAAAUAAAACAUGUUGCAUUUACUUUCA